AUGAUAAGUUCUCCUAAUCAUAUUAGCAAUGGAGAAGAAGAUGAUAAAUGUGUACCACGUGCAGCUGUAUAUAAAAUGAUAAAAGAUUGUACUCAACAUAUUCGUGUAUCAAGCGAAGCAAAAGAAUUUUUUGUUCAAUGUUGUAAUGAAUUUAUUCAUACAAUAGCUUUACAAGCAAAUACUGUUUGUGAACAACAAACAAAAAAACUUGUUCUUCCUGAUCAUAUUGUUACUGCUUUAGAAAAUUUAGGUUUUACAUCAUAUAAAACAAAUUGUAUAAAUGCAAUGGAAACAGCUCAAGAAGAGAUGGCACAAAAACGUCGGAAACUUCAAGGUAAAUCAACAUCGAUUUACACAGAUGAAGAAUUAAGACAACAACAAGAACUUUUAUUUCAACAAGCUCGAGAAGAAGCUCAACAAUUAGAAGAAGAUGAUUGGGCACGUACACAAGAAUUAUCAAAAGAAGUCUUAAGAAAAAAAAUCGAAGCAACAAGAACGGAUGAUGAUAAUUAUGAUGAUUAA